GGGUUGACGCGGAGAGUAGGGCGGCGGCGGUGGCGAGGGAGAAGGAGGUGUCGCUGGCAGAGGAGUUGGAGAAGGUGCAGGAGUGGCGGGGACGGGUCAUGGCAGAGCCGAUGCGCCUCAUCGAGAUGCAGUAGAUCUCAAUUAUAAACUUCAGGUGGAUGAAAACCAACCUUUAUCUUCACAAGAGCAAGUUAAGCUAUCUGUACAUUAAGCAACCACAGUUUUUGGUAUCAAAUCAUCAAAUAAUUUUUGCCAUGUGAUUAUGUAACUUUGCAUUUUACCAACUUCAUCUAGAACUAGGUUAGCAUGACAGUGUGUUGUAAUUGGUGAAAGAGAUACUCUUUGUUGUACGAACCGACGCCGUAGUACGGUUCGUCCUCUGUCUCCCCCGCUACUCGGUGGUCUCCGCGUCUGUGAUGCGUCUCCUCGAUUUGGCGCCAUCUGUGGCUGCGGGGUGGUGGCGAUCUACGAUUCGGCACGCGGCGGGGUCAUCUGGGGGCUGUUCGUGUUUAGGUCUGGAUUUGCCUGGCAAAAUUUUGAGAGCUCGUCGGCUCGAUUAUAAUUGGACCGGCGUUUCGCCUGAGACUAGUUCAUCUUAGUUUAUCACAAACUACCCUUAGAAGUGUUCUCUGAUGCCAUCUUCUGGUGAAAAUUUCCAUGCUGUUCCCUGUAUUGAGUUAGGCAAUUCAUGCUCAUCGGGUUGCUGAUCUGCACCGAGCCACCGAGAUGCCAUGCCGUCUCUAGAUUUGAAACUUAUGGCGAUUGCUGAUCCUGUUGACUUAGGGUUCGGUGCUCUUCAGGAGCUCUGUUAAGUCUUGUUGACGGUCCUGUUUCUCUUGCACAAUUUUUUGUCUAAUAUUUACAUGUUUGCAGUUGCAGGACUUCGUGUGCUCUUCUUCACCAGUGCCGUUCCUUUGAGAUGAAUGACCUUAAGAGGUUCUGGUAGCGACGAUGACGGUCGUCGAGAGGUUCGUGGACUGGACGGUGUCGUGGCUGCCGAUGUACAGAGAAGCGAAGCUGCUGCUCUUUCUCUACCUCUGUCACCCCAGCAUACGGAGUGCGGGGAGCGGGGCACGUGUACGAUGGCUUCCUUCGUCCGCUGGUGGCGAGGCACAAGGACGACAUCGACCGGUCUAGUUGGAGCUGAGGGCUAUCCAAUGUGUUUCGUCGCAGCUACAGGCUGCGAGAUCAGGCCGGGCAGGCGCCACACAUUGACGAGUGGUCCAAUUUUUGGAUCGGGCCAUAACAACUUACGUAGGUAGUUGCUUAUGUAACUGUGCGAUAGAAUGGAAUUAUACAUGAGUCGUUGCUACAAGGAGGAACAUAGUUGCUUAUGUAACUGUGCGAUAGAAUGAAAUUAUACAUGAGUUGCUGCUGCAACGAGGAACUGGAGAAGACACGACAACUGUG